AUGUCUGCCGGGGCGAGUGGGAGUUGUGGCGUCAUCCGCUGGAUCAUCCCCUUCCAGAGGCCUCUGAAGAUCAAGGAGCUGCUGCAGAAAGUGACAGAAGCCUUUGGCCAGCAGAUGGAGAUGUUCUUCACGGAGAAGGAGCUGCUUCUGCCCCUGAAGACCCAGGAGGACUUGGACCAGGCCGUCUUGUCUCUGAGCUGCAGCACCGCGACCAGCGGCCUGCUCAGGAUCCUGCUGAAGACCCCCAAGAACAACCACUACCUGCAGGUGACCAGCAGAGACAAGCAGAGCGAGAUGAGGUCGUCGCGUUCGCUGGGCGACCUGAAAGGCUCGCUACUGAAGGGCUCGGAGAGAGUGCGCAAACAUUCCACAGGGUCUCUGCACACGGGUCGCACGUCGCCGCCCCCAGGCAGCGUCCCCGAGGAGCAGCAGCAGAUCGCCCGCCAGGGCUCCUACACCAGCAUCCACAGCGAGGGCGAGUUCAUCCCCGAGACUCAGGACCUCGGCAUGCUGGAUCACUUUGGCAGCGCGGGAAACUCGCUGUCGAGCAGCUGUCAAUCAAUCGACCAGGCGCUGGACAGUCCACCUUUCUCACAGAACAACCGUGACAACAAUUACAUGAACCUCAACUACGAAUACAAAGGACGCCACGGGAAAGGAGGAACUUUCCCCCGCCAGCUGCAGCUGCCCAGUCGGAGCAAAGACUACGGAGAUCGUCGCAGGACACUUCCGCGCAGCUUCAUGCCGCAGGAAAACCUGUUCCAGCUGGUUCCUUCCAGCCGCACGCGCAGCUACAACGGAGACAGCACCUUGCAGUACAGCGAGCUGCGCCAGCGCGGCACGGCCAAAUCGCCGCGAGCGCCGGUCAACUGGCGGCAAGGCAAGCUGCUGGGCCGCGGCGCCUUCGGGGAGGUUUACCUGUGCUACGACGCCGACACGGGCCGCGAGCUGGCCGCCAAGCAGGUGCCCUUUGACCCCGACUGCCAGGAAACCAGCAAGGAAGUCAACGCUCUGGAGUGCGAGAUCCAGCUGCUGAAGAACCUUCGCCACGAGCGCAUCGUCCAGUACUACGGCUGUCUGCGGGACCUGGACCACAGGAAGCUCACCAUCUUUGUGGAGUUCAUGCCCGGGGGCUCCAUCAAGGACCAGCUGAAGGCGUACGGGGCGCUGACAGAGAAGGUGAGCAGGAGGUACAGUCGUCAGAUCCUGCAAGGUGUGUCCUACCUGCACAGCAACAUGAUCGUGCACAGAGACAUCAAAGGCGCCAACAUCCUGAGGGACUCUACAGGGAACGUGAAGCUGGGAGACUUCGGGGCCAGCAAGCGCAUCCAGACCAUCUGCAUGUCUGGCACGGGCAUCAAGUCUGUGACCGGCACCCCCUACUGGAUGAGCCCGGAAGUCAUCAACGGCGAAGGAUACGGCCGCAAGGCGGACGUGUGGAGCGUGGCGUGCACCGUGGUGGAGAUGCUCACCCAGAAGCCCCCCUGGGCCGAGUACGAGGCCAUGGCGGCCAUCUUUAAGAUCGCCACCCAGCCCACCAAGCCCGCCCUCCCGGAGGGCGUGUCCGACGCCUGCAGGGACUUCCUGCGGCAGAUCUUCGUGGAGGAGAAGUGGAGGCCCACCGCCGACGCCCUGCUGGCCCACGCCUUCGUGCAGGGCGGCUUCUGACCCCGCCCACCUGACUCAGGUCAGGCCGCCGUGGGGGACUCUGUGACGUGAGGGGGCGUGGCCUGAAUGGCGAGAAAGCACUUUUGCGGCCUUCUUUUCCCACUCGACAAAAAAAAGACUUCUUGAAGUAUUGUUUGUACUGUAAACCUUUUCCUACUACAAGCCCCGCCCUUUUCUUAUUUCCUACUACAAGCCACGCCCUUUUCUUAUUUCCUACUACAAGCCCCGCCCUUUUCUUAUUUCCUACUACAAGCCACGCCCCUUUCUUAUUUCCUACUACAAGCCACGCCCUUUUCUUAUUUCCUACUACAAGCCACGCCCUUUUCUUAUUUCCUACUACAAGCCACGCCCUUUUCUUAUUUCCUACUACAAGCCACGCCCUUUUCUUAUUUCCUACUACAAGCCACGCCCUUUUCUUAUUUCCUACUACAAGCCACGCCCUUUUCUUAUUUCCUACUACAAGCCACGCCCUUUUCUUAUUUCCUACUACACGCCCCGCCCUUUUCUUAUUUCCUACUACAAGCCACGCCCUUUUCUUAUUUCCUACUACAAGCCACGCCCUUUUCUUAUUUCCUACUACACGCCCCGCCCUUUUCUUAUUUCCUACUACAAGCCCCGCCCUUUUCUUAUUUCCUACUACAAGCCACGCCCUUUUCUUAUUUCCUACUACAAGCCACGCCCUUUUCUUAUUUCCUACUACAAGCCACGCCCUUUUCUUAUUUCCUACACACACUUUUUAGCAACACGCCUUACGACAACGUUUGUACGCCAACGUCGUCUUGAUGGUCUGCUGACUUUGCACUUUGUCAUCAAUAAUCACUUUUUUAUAUCACCUUCAUUUUAUACUCUUUUUAUAUACACGCUCCACAUUGUGGCCAUGACGCAAUAGUGUGUGUCCUUUGUGUGUCGAUGACGCAAUAGUGUGUGGCCAUGACACAAUAGUGUGUGGCCAUGACGCAAUAGUGUGUGGCCAUGACACAAUAGUGUGUGUCCUUUGUGUGUCGAUGACGCAAUAGUGUGUGUCCUUUGUGUGUGGCCAUGACGCAAUAGUGUGUGGCAAUGACACAAUAGUGUGUGUCGAUGACACAAUAGUGUGUGUCCUUUGUGUGUGGCCAUGACGCAAUAGUGUGUGGCAAUGACACAAUAGUGUGUGUCGAUGACACAAUAGUGUGUGUCCUUUGUGUGUCAUGACGCAAUAGUGUGUGGCCAUGACGCAAAAGUGUGUGUCCUUUGUGUGUGGUCAUGACGCAAUAGUGUGUGUCAAUGACGCAAUAGUGUGUGUCCUUUGUGUGUGGCCAUGACGCAAAAGUGUGUGUCAAUGACGCAAUAGUGUGUGUCCUUUGUGUGUGGCCAUGACACAAUAGUGGGUGGCCAUGACACAAUAGUGUGUGUCGAUGACGCAAUAGUGUGUGGCCAUGACGCAAUAGUGUGUGUCCUUUGUGUGUCGAUGAUGCAAUAGUGUGUGUGGCCAUGACGCAAUAGUGUGUGGCCAAGAUGCAAUAGUGUGUGGCCAUGACACAAUAGUGUGUGGCCAUGACACAAUAGUGUGUGUCCUUUGUGUGUGGCCAUGACGCAAUAGUGUGUGUCCUUUGUGUGUCGAUGAUGCAAUAGUGUGUGUGGCCAUGACCCAAUAGUGUGUGGCCAUGACGCAAUAGUGUGUGGCCAUGACACAAUAGUGUGUGUCCUUUGUGUGUCGAUGACGCAAUAGUGUGUGUCCUUUGUGUGUGGCCAUGACGCAAUAGUGGGUGGCCAUGACACAAUAGUGUGUGUCGAUGACGCAAUAGUGUGUGUCCUUUGUGUGUGGUCAUGACGCAAUAGUGGGUGGCCAUGACACAAUAGUGUGUGUCGAUGACGCAAUAGUGUGUGUCCUUUGUGUGUGGUCAUGACGCAAUAGUGUGUGUCGAUGACGCAAUAGUGUGUGUCGAUGACGCAAUAGUGUGUGUCCUUUGUGUGUCAUGACGCGAUAGUGGGUGGCCAUGUCGCAAAAGUGUGUGUCCUUUGUGUAUGGUCAUGACGCAAUAGUGGGUGGCCAUGACACAAUAGUGUGUGUCGAUGACGCAAUAGUGUGUGUCCUUUGUGUGUCAUGACGCAAUAGUGUGUGGCCAUGACGCAAAAGUGUGUGUCCUUUGUGUGUGGCCAUGACGCAAUAGUGGGUGGCCAUGACACAAUAGUGUGUGUCGAUGACGCAAUAGUGUGUGUCCUUUGUGUGUCAUGACGCAAUAGUGUGUGGCCAUGACGCAAAAGUGUGUGUCCUUUGUGUGUGGCCAUGACGCAAUAGUGGGUGGCCAUGACACAAUAGUGUGUGUCGAUGACGCAAUAGUGUGUGUCCUUUGUGUGUCAUGACGCGAUAGUGGGUGGCCAUGUCGCAAAAGUGUGUGUCCUUUGUGUAUGGUCAUGACGCAAUAGUGGGUGGCCAUGACACAAUAGUGUGUGUCGAUGACGCAAUAGUGUGUGUCCUUUGUGUGUCAUGACGCAAUAGUGUGUGGCCAUGACGCAAAAUCUGUGUGUCCUUUGUGUGUGGCCAUGACGCAAUAGUGUGUGUCAAUGACGCAAUAGUGUGUGACAAUGACGCAAUAGUGUGUGUCAAUGACGCAAUAGCGUGUGGCCAUGACGCAACAGUGUGUGUCCUUUGUGUGUGUUGAUGACGCAAUGGUGUGUGUCGAUGACGCAAUAGUGUGUCUCCUUUGUGUGUCAUUGACACUAUAGUGUGUGUCGAUGACACAAUGGUGUGUGUCAUUGACGCGACAGUGUGUCGGUGACGCAAUCGUGUGUGUCAUUUGUGUGUUUCAUUGACGCAACAGUGUGUGUCAACGACACAAUAGAAUGUGUCAUUUGUGUGUGUCCUUGAUGCAAUAGUGUGUGUCAUUGACACAAUAGUGUGUGUAAAUGACGCAAUAGUGUGUGUCUGUUAUGUGUGUCAUUGAUGCAAAAGUGUGUGUCCUUUACGUGUGUCAUUGACGCAAUGGUGUGUGUUAAUGACGCAGUAGUGUGUGUCGAUGACACAAUAUAGUGUGUGUUGAUGACGCAAUAGUGUGUGUCCUCUGUGUCAUUGAGGCAAUAGUGUGUGUCGAUGACACAAUAGAAUGUGUCAUUUGUGUGUCUGUGUCUGUGUGUGUGUGUGUGUGUCUGUGUGUGUGUGUGUGUGUGUGUGUUCAUGUCCAUUGCAGCUGCUGGCCAAAGAAGAGAAUGUGUAAGAAUCACAUUCAGUUUGUUGUUAUUUACAGUAUUACUACAACACCCCAAAAGCAGUGAAGUUGUCACGUUGUGUAACUGCUAAAUGAAAACACAAUACAAUGAUUUGCAAAUCCUUUUCAAUGGGAGACAGGUCUGGACUACAGGCAGGCCAGUCUAGUACCCGCACUCUUUUACUAUGAAGAGUGUUGAAACACGUGGCUUGGCAUUGUCUUGCUGAAAUAAGCAGGGGCGUCCAUGGUAACGAUGCUCGGAUGGCAACAUAUGUUGCUCCAAAAGCUGUAUGUACCUUUCAGCAUUAAUGGUGCCUUCACAGAUGUGUAAGUUACCCAUGUCUUGGCCACUAAUACACCCCCAUACCAUCACACAUGCUGGCUUUUACACUUUGCGCCUAGAACAAUCCGGAUGGUUCUUUUCCUCUUUGGUCCGGAGUCCACAGUUUCCAAAAACAAUUUAAAAUGUGGACUCGUCAGACCACAGAACACUUUUCCACUUUGCAUCAGUCCAUCUUAGAUGAGCUCGGGCCCAGCGAAGCCGGCGGCGUUUCUGGGUGUUGUUGAUAAAUGGCCGUAGAUGGUCGAAAUCCCCAAAUUCCUUGCAAUAGGAAUUGCAAUUAGCCCGUUCACCUGCGGGAUGUUCCAAGUAAGUGUUUGAUGAGCAUUCCUCCACUUUCUCAGUCUUUUUUGCCACUUGUGCCAGCUUUUUUGAAACAUGUCGCAGGCAUCAAAUUCCAAAUGAGCUAAUAUUUGCAAAAAAUAACAAAAGUUUACCAGUGUGAACAUGAAAUAUCUUGUCUUUGCCGUCUAUUCAAUUGAAUAUAAAUGAUUGUAUUCUCUUUUUAUUUAGCAUUUCCACAACGUGACAACUUCACUGCUUUCGGGGUUUGUACUUUCCUUUUUCUUCUUCCUCUACGAGGCAGCUGCCGAUGCAAUGUUGUGUUGUUGUUGUGUUGCUGAGACAAAACGGAGGACAAAAGUGUCGAUCACAUGUGACACUUUGAACAAAAAUGAUCAAAUCUUUUUAUUUGGCUCUGGUCUGUGCCUUAUACUUCUUGUAAAAACAACUUAUUUUAUAUGAAACAAAUAUAUAUAAAUAUACUGUAAAUACACAUUGUUCUGCACUUUUCUAUGACCUUUAUUCCUUUUUUUGAAACGCUCCAAAGGCUUUGAAUUUGUCUUCACAAUUCAAACUGUAUUCUUUUGUACAUUUAACUUAAUAAAUCAAAGGUCCAAGUCCCUUUC